CGCGCAUGCGCACACGCCACUACAAAUACAUCGACAAGUUUACAGUACCACGUACAUUCUGUUUCUGAUAAUGACACAUAUAAUUUAAAGUACAUUAACCACAAUUAUGAUAACAUUUGUUCACCACUAAAUGUGGUGUAGGUAGGGGUGAGCUGCGAGGAAUGUUUGUUGUCGAUAGGACCAUAAGCGGAUGUCCUUGUUUCAAGUAAGGGCAAAUUAAAUGACGGGCCGCGAAGGCACAUUUGACUUUUAUCAUUCGACUGGAUGUCUAAUCUGAACCCCAGAGCUACUCAGACCAAAUGGCUGUAUCGAGAACAACACUCAAGUCUCUGUUUGGAGUUUGUGGAGUGGUUCACAGACAGCCUUUGUUAUUCCCAUCCUCACUGAGAUGUGCAUCUAUACAGAUCAUCAGGAGCAAGUUUGAGCGAGAUUACCAAAGACCCGGUCAGCCUCCAGACACACGCUGGCCUUGGCAGAUGAUAAACUUUGAUUUCUCCAAAGGUGUAGAGAGUGUCAGGAAGCACUUUGGCCUGUUAAAGGAUGAGUUUUUCCAGCGCUGGAUUGGACCGGAAGGAAAGCCAAUAAUAGAGCACAUGCUGGAACAGACCCGUGUCGUGUGGGAGUUUCGGGGUCCAGAGAGUCUAAAUGAGUGGAUUGUGUCAUCUGAUCAAGAGAUUGGGGGCCACAGUGUUGCUUACGUCAAUCUGGGAAAAAACAACACCACAUGCAUGCUGUACGGGACCUUGUGCUCCACUCCUCCACGUGAUGGAGAGACUCGAUACAGUGGAUACUGCUCUAUGCGCUCCAAACCCCCAAAGGCCUCAUUUGACAGGAAAAAGCAUUAUGACUGGUCGAGUUUCAACACGUUGCAUUUGAGGAUACGAGGCGAUGGAAGACCGUGGAUGAUAAACGUGUCAGCUGAAACCUACUUUUCUCACCAGAGAGAUGACAUCUACAGUUACUUCCUCUACACAAGAGGGGGACCCUACUGGCAGGAUGUCAAGAUUCCAUUCUCCAAGUUUUUUCUUUCCAGUCGAGGAAGAAUCCAAGAUAGUCAACAUCCUCUCUGGCUGGACAAGAUAAAUACUAUUGGUUUUACAUUAGGGGACAAAGCAGACGGUCCAUUUCAGCUGGAGAUUGACUUCAUUGGUCUGAAUAACGACUGCGCCCACACUGAAGAGUUUGCAUAUGAGCUUUACAAGAAAAACCCAUAGUUCUAUUUGUAUUAAAUAGGAUUCAACAGCUGCAUAUGAUUAACAAAUUCUUUAAUUAAAAACUUUCAGGGGAAAAAAGUA